AUGACUACAUACGCCGACUAUUCACAUCAAAUCAUGGCCCCCGAGGAUAACACGGACUUCCCGCUCUUUCCAUAUCAGGAUAUCUGGAACCAGGAGCAGACUUACCUACCCACGACUACCUUCGCGGACCAGACUUACCUCCAAGCAACCACGUACGACUCCUUUGCAGCACAAACAGCAUAUGCGCAACUGAAUCAUCAGGGCAACUUUCCGUAUGAUACUGCUGCUCUAUCGAACCCCAUCAAGGACGCGCUCCAUGCACCCAGCCCGGGUUAUUCGCCCACGAACUCCGCGUCACACUCCUUUGACUACCAGAAUCCUCCCGUGCUUUCGUCGACGUCCGACUCUGGCGCGUCUGUCCAAAGUACGAUAUCCUCAGGCAUGAACUCACCAUCAAUGCACCCACAGCAGUCCCACGACUGGAGCCAGCAAGCGACCGUGGCGAGCGCGCCGAGCAUACACGACAGUCUUGGACAAGGCGUUUUUGCGAUGCCCAACUUCGACUAUGAGAGCCUGCCGAUCGCUGGGAAGGACUGUGUUGGUGAGUUGACAAACAUUUCUUCUGCUCAGAUGUCACGUUCGGUUACAGCAUUUUCUUCUUCACACUUUCCUUAUUACCUGGCGAACGAUCAUGCCGGCAUGGUCGACUCCACUGCGCAGCACCCGCUGUUUCGGCAGGCAGAUGUCGCAAAUCCAUCCAAGUUGAUGGACAUAGCCUUCGCACCAUGGUCACAAAGAAGCACAGAGGCCGAUAUCACGAGCCCAAACGACAGCGUGUUCAGAUCUCCUAUCACGCCAGCUUCGGCGACCGCGACUUCGCCUGUGCUGGAAAGGGUCAAGGGCAGACGACAAACUUCGACAGUGGCGCCACUUGCGCACAAGCGUGCGCGAGGCGCUUCGCCGUUGUCCACAGCCGUGUCAGUCGACUCGGACGGAAUUCUACCUCAUCCACAUGCACCUCCACCAACUUUAAGCUCUCCCUUCUUCUAUCAGUCUAGCGGGCAUUUCGUUCCUCCUCUUGAGCUUUCUUGUUCGUCUCCUCUGUCCACCACUUUCGUUUCUCCUUUAUUCAAUCUCACUACGAGGCACGAUAGCACAAUGCUGAGCACUAACCAUUUCUAUUCAGAUCCGAGCCUGAUCCAGCCGACAUUCUCGCCCACGCAAUUUAGUGGUGCGCAAUUUCCAGAGAUGGCCGCUGUGCAGUCUUCGGAGGCAAUGCAAUAUCCACCAUCACAAUCCCCAGCAGAUUACAAGCGCAUGGUCGCCAGCCCACGAUCUUCAAAUGGCAAAGCUCCUUCGCCUUACGUGGCUCCACACAAAUGGCAACCAUAUCCAGCGUACCCUACUUCGCGACGACAUUCCGUGACCUCGAUCCAUUCCCGGCACAGCCAAGGAUCGAUAUCCUCUGGGGACGACACAAACAAAGGUCUCUGUCCGAUCACUAGUUGUGGUCGACAGGUCAAAGACCUCAAGGCACAUAUGCUCACUCAUCAGAAUGAGCGACCCGAAAAGUGCCCGAUACCCACCUGUGAAUACCACAUCAAGGGCUUUGCGCGCAAGUACGACAAGAACAGGCAUACCUUGACUCACUACAAGGGUACCAUGGUUUGCGGCUUCUGUCCUGGUAGCGGUAGUGCAGCUGAGAAGAGCUUCAACCGCGCCGACGUGUUCAAGCGACAUCUCACGUCAGUCCAUGGCGUUGAGCAGACACCACCGAAUGCGAGGAAGAAGAGCCCAUCCUCAAGCAGCUCAAAGAAGCCAGCAUAUGGGCUGCACGAGUCAUCCGGUAUGUGUUCGACUUGCGGCAUCACCUUCGCAAGUGCGCAAGAUUUCUACGAGCAUCUCGACGACUGUGUGCUUCGUGUUGUACAGCAAGCUGAGCCCAGUGAGGCGAUCAACGAGAAGCUCUUGUCGUCCGUGGCCGAGGACCAAGAGGUCCAGGAGACGAUGGAGAGACACAGCCUUUCAACCGAUGUGGACUCCAGCGGGCCGACGUCAUUCGACGACGAGGAGGUCGAGGAGGAUGAGGAGGAUGAGGAGGACACGCAAGAUGGUACAUACGGAACGCGCUCCGCCAAAUCUGGGAAGGGUAGCCUCAAGUCGAGGAAGUCCGGCGCCACGCAGCACGUCGGGGGUGGUAAUCACCUUACAAUGAGCGGUGCGAUCGGCAAGCCGAAAGGUCUCACACGAUCGAAGAAUGGUGUACCUCUCUCCGGGCCCAUGAGCGGCAAGGGCAACAAGAGAAGAAAGAAUUAUCCUCUGUCUUGGGGUGCCGCACCAGAAAAGAUGAAGAUGAAGAAGAGAGUUCUAUGUGUGUACGAUGGACAACGUCGUCUCUGGAAAGAUGACAUGAUGCUUGAUGCCGACCACGAGGUCCGGAUCCCGCUGCCUGGCGCAGGCGAUGGAAGAGCUUGGGUCACAGACUUGGAUGUCCAGACUAUGGCGCGUGCUGAAGGCGUGCUCAAUGCCACCGAAGAGGAGAAAGGUCCUUGGAUACCAGAGGAUGAGCUCGAGCGCUUGAUGGCAUGA